AUGGCAGUCACCAGCGCUAUCAACGACCUCUUCGCCUCAAUCUACGAGCUCCUCGCUUCAGUCUUUAACACCUUUUACAACGUCAUUCACUCUAUUCUCUCUGCGGUUCUGAGCUUUGUCCAGGGAGUGUUCAAUCUUAUCAGCGAUGUUGUCUCUGGACUUGUGGACGUCACUGGUGGUGUUGGCAAGUUUGUAGCCAGCAACGCUGCUAUUCUUGCCAUCGGUGCCCUCGGCGCUUUCGCCUACGUGAGAUACACUGCUCAGGGAAAGAGUGUCGCGAACAAAAAGACUCAGUAA